AUGGCCCAUCCUGGUGGCAUGGAGCUAGACGCGGGCAAGCGCCUCCCUUCUGCUCAGGACUUGGAUGUCACUGUUCUGGCAUUUGCCCAGUGGCUUUCCGAAAUGAAGUUGCGCAGCAACUCUUCCCUACAGCAGAUGCUCGCAGAGAUGGGCAUCAUCCGCAAUGGUAUAACUUCCAACAACACGGAUUUGACAGAGUUCAAAAGGAACACUGCCACCGUGCAACAGCAGAUGCAAUCACAGAUCUCUGAUCUGCGCGACAAGCUCACAGACGCGUAUACAGAGAUCGCCAACAUGAAAAAGACAAAAAGCCAAUUUGAGCAGGAGGUCCAUGCAGAAUGCCAAUCCUUGUCGGAGCAGCUACAGUUCAAGACUCUGGAGCUUGAGACCUUGAAAAAGGCCUAUGCUCACACGCAUCAGCAGCUCCAGCAGCAGAUUAUCCAGUUGCAAACGGAGGUGAAUGAGCUUAGAAUGAAGGGCGAUGAUGUCAACAGGCAGCAGCAUCUCACCUUUGAGCAGAGCGUAAACAAGGUCUCCGAGGUAGAGAUGGCAGCCCAGUAUGCCAACAACGAGAUGAAAAGGCUCCGCAGCGAACACGAUCAGGCAAUAACCAGUCUAGCCGAAAACAUGAACAGGUGGAAUGACACAGUGCGAGACCUCUCAAAGGAGUUCCACGACUUUCAGAAGGCAUCCGGGCUUUGGCCAGGAAUGCGUAUGUCAUGUAUGCAGAUGUCUUCGGACACAUGA